AUGGGGGACUCUUCCGCUGACACUUUGGAUGCAAACACAUGCAAAGACCCACAGACCGACCUGGCAGAGCGGGUGGCAGCCAUAGAAGUGGCUGCUGGCUCAGACAGAGGUGACCCCAAUGGUGAAGACACCACUGAGGAAAACGAUACCGUUUUUUCUGAUAACCUAAAAGACAUCCAAAGAAAUGGAGUCAACAGUGACUCGGGAAUGAAUGAAUGCCUCCCUUCCCAAGGGCCUGAAGAUGCUCACUGGCGGCACGUUCCCAAGAGACCUCCUAAUAGACCUGUCCUAUCAAGUAGGAAGCUGUCUCUCCAGGAAAGACCAACAGGAAGCUAUUUGGCUUCUAGCAACACUUCAAGUUAUGGCCCGUAUGCCACUGGGCCGUCGCCACGUAUAAUGAGACGACCAACAAUAGAGUCGAAUCGGGUCUCCAUCUCAGAUGCAGAGGACUGUGUGCAGCUGAACCAGUACAAGCUGCAGAGCGAGAUAGGCAAGGGCUCCUACGGCGUCGUGAAGCUGGCCUACAACGAGGACGACGACAAGCACUAUGCUAUGAAAGUCCUCUCCAAAAAGAAGCUCUUGAAACAGUAUGGAUUUCCACGUCGACCUCCUCCUAGAGGGUCAAAAUCAGCCUCCGGAGAGCAGCCAAAGCCGAUGGCACCAUUAGACAGAGUCUAUCAGGAAAUAGCCAUCUUAAAGAAGCUGGACCAUGUCAACAUUGUUAAACUGAUUGAGGUCCUUGAUGAUCCUGCAGAGGACAACUUGUACAUGGGGCGCUCGCUGACGCUGCCCCUCGUCCCUCGCAGGCCCGUCAUGGAGGUGCCCUGCGAGCAGCCCUUCGGCGAGGAGCAGGCCCGCCUGUACUUCCGAGACAUCGUCUUGGGCAUCGAGUACUUGCACUACCAGAAGAUCAUCCAUCGGGACAUCAAGCCUUCCAACCUGCUCUUGGGAGAUGACGGCCACGUCAAGAUAGCUGAUUUUGGAGUCAGCAAUCAGUUUGAAGGCAACGAUGCACAGCUCUCCAGCACGGCGGGGACACCAGCCUUCAUGGCACCGGAGGCCAUUUCGGACACCGGCAAAAGCUUCAGUGGAAAGGCGCUCGAUGUGUGGGCCAUGGGGAUCACCCUGUACUGCUUUGUUUAUGGGAAGUGCCCUUUUAUAGAUGAAUACAUUCUGGGGCUUCAUAACAGGAUCAAGAACAAGCCAGUGGAGUUCCCAGAAGAACCCCAGAGAAGUGAAGAGCUCAAGGAACUGAUCCUACGCAUGCUUGAUAAAAAUCCAGAAACAAGGAUAACGGUCCCUGAAAUUAAGCUGCAUCCAUGGCUAACCAGGAACGGCGAGGAGCCCCUGCCCCUGGAGGACGAGCACUGCACUGUGGUGGAGGUGACGGAGGAGGAGGUGAAGAACUCGGUUAAGACGAUCCCAAGUUUGCCAGCUGUGAUCCUAGUGAAGGCCAUGCUAAGAAAGCGCUCCUUUGGAAAUCCAUUUGAGGUUCAGACCAGACGGGAGGAGAGGUCCAUGUCUGCUCCAGGAAACUUGCUCAUAAAGCAAGGGAGCAGAGACGGCGCCAGGGACACGGAGCUGCCGGACGUGGGCGAGGAUGAAGCUGCUCCCUGAGCUCGUGGGGCCGCCCCGG